AUUGUACAAGUAAUCUUAGAGACGAAGAAAAAAGAAGCAAAGAAUGUGGUAUUUGUGCGUUUUCUACCACAGAUUAUUGGAUUACAGGAAACCCGAAUUUGAAUCUCUCGCUGACCUCUUUGGUGCAUUCCAUGAAGAUCCAACCACGACUUCACAUACACUUGAAUGGAAACUGCCUCACCAUCACCAUCCUGAUUCUCCUUUCCAUUUCGUUAAUCUCCCAAACGAGGAUAUCGCCCGCAACAUUGCCAAUCGAAUAUUCAUUUGUCUUGUGGUAUUUACCAGAAGACUUUCUUUUUAUGGGAACUUUUUCUGCAUAUAUGCAGGUAUUCUUGUGAAGGGGCUUUAUGAAAUUUGGGGAGAGGGAAGUUCCUAUGAGGAACUGAAAGAAGCAAUAAACAGUUAUCCAGAUGACCGGAAGUUGCCAUACUUAACUUCAGAUAGCACUUUUAGGAUUAUAGUAGAUAGCUUUGGAAAGGCCAUCAGCUUCAAGGACCAAACAGCUCGAAUUCAGGGGAUGUCUUACAUCCCAUUUAAGGGCAGAGUUGAGUUGCGUAAUCCAGAGCAUAAGUUUUGGCUUAUCGAAACUGAUGACUAUGAAGCUAACAAUGGUCUUCCACCGGUUGUUGAUAAGACUAUUUUUUUUGGGCGAGAGGUUGGUGCUGCUGAUAGGAAGCUCUUGCCUACAUAUCAAUUGAAAAGUCGUACUUAUCUUGGACCGACCGCCAUGGAUGCAGAAGUGGCUUUUUUGAUGGCCAACCAAGCACAGGCCAUGCCUGGGAAACUUGUGUAUGACCCUUUUGUUGGCACAGGGAGCAUUCUAGUUGCUGCAGCUCAUUUUGGAGCUAUGACAAUGGGAGCAGAUAUUGAUAUCCGGGUGGUGCGUGAUGGUCGUGGCCCAGAUUGCAAUGUCUGGAGUAACUUUAAGCAGUAUGGAUUGCAAAUGCCGGUUUCGCUGUUAAGAGCAGAUAACAACCUUCCUCCUUGGCGGCCUGGAUUGAAAGAGGUAUUUGACGCAAUAAUAUGCGACCCUCCAUACGGGGUCCGUGCCGGAGGUCGUAAAUCCGGCGGACGGAAAUUACUAAAAGGGGUCGUGGGCCCCUACAUAGUUCCGGACGACAAGAGGACAGGCCAUAUACCAUCAACAGCUGCAUACUGCUUAGCGGAGUGUGUCCACGACCUACUUGACCUGGCGGCCAAAAUGCUGGUGAUGGGCGGCCGACUCGUUUACUUCUAUCCAGUUGUAAGAGACAGCGACUCACUCGAUGUGGAUUUCCCAAAACACCCUUGUUUCAAGUUAGUGGCCAACUGCGAACAGAUGCUAAGCUACCGUUAUAGCAGGAUCUUGCUGACAAUGGUGAAGAUUGCACCGUAUACUGAUGAGAUUGCGGAGGCAGCCAGGAUCCAACAUUUGGAGUUUAAGGAAAACCAUGUGAAGUGGAUGGAGGAAGGUAAUCUUCAUGCUGCUGUUUUCAGUCCGGAUUUUCCGGCGAUCGAUGAUCGUGAUAAUAAAUGUAGCACCAAGGAUCCCAAGAAAAAGUACAGGGGAAAAUAUGUGUAAAUUUGGGCAUUUGAGUCACAGAAAUGUUCAAAUCACAAGUUAAUGAAAGACUUUGUAGCUUUGAUACUCUUUUUGGUACUUCUGUUAUUUGUAGAUUGAACAUCUUCUAUCAGUUAUUGGAUGUAAGUUUAUAAUUUUUAUAUUUUGAUUGUAUGAUUUAUGA